UGGUAGACUGUGCGUCAGGGAGCUCUUCAUCAGCAGCUGCAGCCCUAGAGCAUGGAGAAGUCCAGCAGUGAGGAGUCAGCCAUUCACCGUAGCCCCUCCGUAGAUAGCCGUGACUCUGAUUUUGCUCAAGCCUCCACGUCUGGCCGGCCCUUUGGCGGCCGCGGCUUCACUGCCGGCGCAUUCUACGGCUCCACGGGGCCGCGCAAAGACGCACAGCAGGCACAGGCUGGAGCGGCAGCUGACAGCAGCGCGGGAGACAAGACCAACAACAAGUACACCUCGCCAAAAGGCAGCAAAUACGUGGUGUUUUACCUGGAUCUAUCCUUUGUAUUCCUUUUAGAAUUCAAGAAGUGCAACAUGGCAAGAGGCUGCCUCUGCUGCUUGAAGUAUAUGAUGUUCAUCUUCAACCUCAUCUUCUGGUUAUGUGGCUGCGGGCUGCUGGGCGUGGGCAUCUGGCUCUCUGUGUCGCAGGGCAGCUUCGCCACCUUCUCGCCCUCAUUCCCCUCACUGUCCGCUGCCAAUAUGGUCAUCGCCAUCGGAGCCAUCGUCAUGGUAACGGGCUUUCUCGGCUGCCUGGGUGCCAUCAAGGAGAACAAGUGCCUGCUUCUGAGCUUCUUCAUUGUCCUGCUGAUAAUCCUCCUGGCAGAGCUGAUACUGCUCAUCCUGUUCUUCGUGUACUCAGAUAAGGUGAGUGAGAACGCCAAGCAGGAUCUGAAGGACGGUCUGGCUCUCUACAACUCAGAGAACAACAUCGGCCUGCGAAAUGCCUGGAACAUCAUCCAGGCAGAGUGGAAGUGCUGCGGUGUGAUAGCAUACAGCGACUGGCACGAGGCCCUGAAGGAGAAGGUGGUUCCUGACCGCUGCUGCCAGGAGCAUUACCAGAACUGUGGGCAAAACUCCACAAACAUGUUCUGGAACAGGGGCUGUUUCGAGAAAGUGGAGGAAUGGCUGGAUGAUAACAAGCACAUGCUGGGAACCGUAGGCAUGGUCAUCUUGGUCGUGCAGCUCCUGGGCAUGGCCUUCUCCAUGACGCUGUUCCACCACAUCCACAGAACGGGGAAGAAGUACGAUGCUUAGCCUUCGGGGAAGGCACCCAAUGGAGAGGAGCCCCACUGCCUGAUGGGAUAAGACUCUGAAUUAAACACCCCUGCCCCCCUCACUUUACAACCUCUUGCCCCCGCCCCCCUUACCAGACCUUCUGUACAGAUUCCAGCUGUGUCCCCUCUACAUUCUCCUCACCAUCCAUUUUGCCAAAGAGUAACACAACUGGAGGAGAAGGGACACCUACGUUUGGCAAGGAAGAGAAUCCCAUUGGUUGUCACUCCUCUUGAGUACUUUUCAUUUCUUUUUUUUGCUUGGACUAACAUUUUGCUGGAAGGAAGGAUGGACUUUGAGACAAUGAAGACUUUACUAAUGCCCUAACGCCCCGUGGCAAAGACAACAUAUGAAACUGAUGAUACCCUCUGCCUCUUGUGGAGUUUCCUCAUGUUGAUAAAAGUCAAGCCCCGUUUUCACUUGUAAAUGAGAAAAAGUUCCAACAUGGCAUGCUAGUUUUCUACUUUACUGAUUUAACUGAGUUGUCAAAAUGUCUUCUUUUUUUUUUUGUAUGUCAUGGAUUCUCCUGUGGAAGUGUUGAACAGAUCAGUGCAAUGAGCUCUCAGAUGUGUGUGUGUGGGGUUCGGUUUGACGUGACGCUGCUGUGGAGGGGGCACAGACGUGUGGGGACGAUGUUUAACACUAGAACUAGGUAAAAUGUACCCGUUGGCGGUUUUAGGUAUACAGCGACCUCUGGCGGUUCUAGUGUUAAUGUUAUCCAUUAUUCAUAUUUUUUCAUUCGGCUAUAGAGAGUUUAGGUAAAUGGAGCUUGAUUUGAAGAAAGUCGUGUGUAAGCGUGAGAAAUCCUCAGUGGGUUAUUUAUGCACCAACUUCUACAGUAUCCCCUGAAUAAUACAUUGUAAUGCAAACAUUUUCCUACGAACACACACUUUACGCUGCCACACAGCGAAAGUAGUCCCAUUUCCUAUGAGACGAUACAAAUGGUGUAAAAUGACUGUUUAUUAGGGCUCCACCGGGACUGUCAAGUGUAUAGAUCUGGUUGAUGUAGUUUCCCCUUGGAGAAAACACACUGAAAUGUGUGUGUGAGGCUGGGAAUGAGCCUUAUCACAUUGUUCAAGUUGCAGAGGAAAACAAAAUAACCGGCACAUAGAAACACACAGCAAAUCAAGGGCACGAGGGGCAAAAGUGGAGCAGACAUGUUCUCUCCCCAUCAAUUGUGUUAGCGCAGGCGGCUAGAGACCCUCUCUCCUAUAUUUUUUGCGAUUUCAUCCAUUUGCUCUGCCCUGCUCACUCUCCCUCUCUCUUUGGCUGUCAAAUCCCCCAUUGCCUCAAUUUUUUUUUUUUUCACCCCAAUUUUCUCCCUACAUGUCAGAAAGCAAUGCUCCAUACGUGCACACACAAUUUCUCUGCUGACAUUCCAGCUCAUCACGCAGUUGCUUUGGUUCAGAACCUCCCUGAUUUCACGUUAGCUUCUGUUUCCUGCAGCCACAGUUGAGGGGGUGGCGGGAGUGGAGGAGGAUCAAAGCUAAGAAAGAUAGGUGUUGCAACAUGCUCGAUGUGUCUGUUUACCGCUGAUUCGCUGCAGGAGGCCUGAACAUCAACCGGCUUCUUAAAGACUGAAAAUACUUCAUCUCCUGCGGUGACUUAGAGAAAAGGCCCUUCAAGCUUAUCUGCUUUAAGCAUCAAACAUUUUGUGAGAGGCGGUGUAAAAUACUUAAUUGUUAACGGAUAAUUUUAGCUUUUAGGCUUCAUUUGGUUAUGAAUGGUUGCCAUCAGUUAUAAAAUAAUUUCAACAAUGUGGCAAGAAUUUUAACUAGGAUAGCUACCAAUUUAUUCAACAGCAAUUGAGUGCUAAACGAUAUCCUUCUACAGCAACAGGUUAAAGUUGAACCAGCAGUUUAAGUCAUAAUUUUACCUUCCAAAUAAAUCUGGAUAAUCUAGGAGUUAAAAACUGUGUAACUGCUCAUGUUCUUGAGGCUGAUAAUCAGAUUGAAUAGGCUUUUUUACAGAAGAAAUUCUGAGGUAGAAAAAGCAUAGGUGUAACUAAUACAAAUGAAACGUGGCUGAAUUCCAUUUAGAUACUUUGAUUUCAGGUUCCUGGUAUCACGCACAAGCCCGGAAAGUGCACCAGGAUGUGAAGCAAAGAUUUUUUUAGUGGCUAAAUGGUGCAUGGUAACACAAUUUCAAUAUGUGGGUCAUUGGGGCCGAACACACUUUUUCCCAGUGACAUUCAUUGGGAAAGAGAUGUCUGUAAAACAGCGGAUAUUUAUUCUUUUAAAUAAAUGAAGUACCCAGUGCAAAAACAUUUACAGCCCUUACUUAAAUCAUAAGGGUGUAAAAGUUGUAAAAUGUGCUCAAAGCCAAAUCCAGAGCUAUUUUCUCUCCAUUCAAUUGACUAAAACGAAAUUGGCCAUUAAGUUCGGAUCAGAGGCGGGGCUUAAGUUAAAUGCAAGUGGCACACUUUAUAGACCCAGACACAGCUACUUUGGCUCUCGAUGUUCAGGACAGAUUGUGUUCAUAGACAUUAUCUGUAUGGGAGGGGGUGUUAUGUUGCCUUCAGUCAGAGUGACAUGUCAAGCUAAUGUGACAUUGUCAUAUUCUCAUAAACACUUUUUGGAGCAGCUGUUGGGGUUGGCUAAUUAGAUUAAAUCCAGUGUAGUCAUUUUGGAGGGCGCUUUGUGGUGCAAAUAUAUUUCAUACUCGGAAUUAAAAUUUGUGCACAACAGGGGAGUGUUCUGUUUGGACUCAGCCUUUUCAGGCUUUAGCACAGGAAGACCUCCCCAUUGCUCUGAAAUAAGAGGAUCAUUUGUUUGCUGCUGUUUGAAAUGGAGUAGGGAAAUCAUUGGGACCACAUGUGACUGCAGUAUCAAUUGUAACUGUUGUUGCGUUGGAUAAAGCCUCGAAACUUGGAAACAUGAGCUAACAGGUGACACAGCAUUACCCACCAACAGUUAUUCCAGUUGAGCAGCGUGUUUGCCUCAAGACUAUAGCAUCACCUGAAGUCCUUCUGAACAGGUUUUUCUUUAUUUUCUUGAUAAUGACUUAAUCUGAGAGACACCGUUUCAGUAGGAGGUUUGUGCAUCAGAAGGCAACAUAUUUGGGCCGCCAUGUGCAGCGACCCUGCUGGCUGUGAUUCACUGCCAUCCCCCAUAUGCUUCGCCUCUUCUUGUUGUGUCCACGGGGGGAACAUGACAGCUGCUGAUGUACAGCGCAGGCACGAGUGGUCACAUCGCCUCUGCUUGGCUGCCUCCACAAACUCUCUGCACAUCCCUUAUUUACUGCAGACACCCGGCACUAUACAGUAAAUGGCAGUAUUGACACUAUGGAAAUACAGCUGUGCUCUUUAGACGCCUGGAGGCAGCUGCAUCCUACACGCUGCAGGGGGUAUUGGAGAAAAUAGCUAAAUCAAGUUGUGUAAAUCAUUGUAACCCUAGCCUAACUGCAGCCAAGAUGGAUAUUUUCUGCCGAUGUUUCGUCUGACAUCGGGUAGUUAAGUGUUUAAAUGCUGCUUUUAGAGAAAAUAGGAGAUACAAAGUAGGGGGAUGAAACAAAUCCAGUGUCUGUCUCCAGCUCUGACGUCAUACUUCAGAGAGCCAGCCAGUGCCUCCCCCCCCCCCC